GCCAUGAACCGCUCCGUCAGCUUCAGCUCCCGCUCGGCCGCCGGCCCGGCCGUCACCCAAGUCCGGGUGAGCUCCGUGUCCUCCACCCGCGGGCUCGGCGGCCCCGGGCUCGGCCGCGCCGGCGGCUUCGGCAGCUCCAGCCUCUACAGCCUGGGCUCGGCCAGGAGGGUCUCCACGGCGGGGAGCGGCUCCUACAGCGUCCGCUCGGGAUUCGGCCUCGGGAGCGCGGGACUGGGGGCCCUGAGCCCCGGCGGCAUCCAGGAGGUGACGGUGAACCAGAGCCUGCUGACCCCCCUGAACCUGGAGAUCGACCCCAACAUCCAGAGGGUGCGCAAGGAGGAGAAGGAGCAGAUCAAGACCCUCAACAACAAGUUCGCCUCCUUCAUCGACAAGGUGCGGUUCCUGGAGCAGCAGAACAAGAUGCUGGAGACCAAGUGGACCCUCCUGCAGGACCAGAAAACCACCCGGAGCAACAUCGGGCCCAUGUUCGAGACCUACAUCAGCAACCUGCGGCGGCAGCUGGACGGGCUGCUGGGGGACAAGGGGCGGCUCGAGGGGGAGCUCAAGAACAUGCAGGACCUGGUGGAGGACUUCAAGAACAAGUACGAGGACGAGAUCAACAAGCGCGCGGCGGCUGAGAACGAGUUCGUGGUGCUCAAGAAGGAUGUGGACGCUGCCUACAUGAACAAGGUGGAGCUGGAGGCCAAGGUGGACGCGCUGACGGACGAGAUCAACUUCCUGAGGGCUUUCCAAGAGGCGGAGAUCAACGAGCUGCAGGCCCAGAUCUCCGACACCUCGGUGGUGCUUUCCAUGGACAACAGCCGGAGCCUGGACCUGGACAGCAUCAUCGCCGAGGUGAAGGCGCAGUACGAGGACAUCGCCAACCGCAGCCGCGCCGAGGCCGAGGCCUGGUACCAGAGCAAGUACGAGCAGCUCCAGGUGACGGCCGGGAAACACGGGGACGACCUGAGGAACACCAAGAACGAGAUCACGGAGAUCAACCGGGUGAUCCAGAGGCUCCAGGGGGAGAUCGAGAGUGCCAAGGCCCAG